AGAGAUAAUCACAUACUUACAUCCGUCUUGGUCUAACUGUAACUAUCUCACUCUACAUGACUUGUUUUUAAACCACUACAAUCUUUUUUGUGAGUUAGCAUGCUUGAAUCAAGAACAAGGCAAGGUAACCUUUGAGCGACUAAUACUACUUGACACUUACUCGCAAGCACUGACACUAAAGCUCCUUCUUAAAGGUUACCUUGACCUUAUACACUCUCUCACUUUGAGAACAAAUCAACACACAUUUGCUGACCAGACUUCGUGCUUAAGCGAGUCAGGAAACAAAAACCCCAUCAGCUUCUUUCAC